AUGCCACGACCGGAACCUGACUAUAUGCCACGACCGGAACCUGACUAUAUGCCACGACCGGAACCUGACUAUAUGCCACGACCGGAACCUGACUAUAUGCCACGACCGGAACCUGACUAUAUGCCACGACCGGAACCUGAACGCCUGAUAUAUCCACGACCGGACGACUAUAUGCCACGACCGGAACCUGACUAUAUGCCACGACCGGAACCUGACUACAUGCCAGGACCGGAAGACCCUGACUAUAUGCCACGACCGGACCCUGACUAUAUGCCACGACCGGACCCUGACUAUAUGCCAGGACCGGAAGACCCUGACUAUAUGCCAGGACCGAGACCCCUGACUAUAAUGCCCCACCGGACCCUGACUAAUUCCACCGCCGGCCCUGACUAUAUGCCCCGACCGGACCCUGACUAUAUGCCACGACCGGACCCUGACUAUAUGCCACGACCGGAUCCUGACUAUAUGCCACGACCGGAUCCUGAUUAUAUGCCACGACCGGGUCCUGACUAUAUGCCACGACCGGAUCCUGACUAUAUGCCACGACCGGAUCCUGACUAUAUGCCACGACCGGAUCCUGACUAUACGACCCGAUGCCACGACCGGAUCCUGACUAUAUGCCACGACCGGAUCCUGACUAUAUGCCACGACCGGACCCUGACUAUAUGCCACGACCGGACCCUGACUAUAUGCCACGACCGGACCCUGAGCAUAUGCCACGACCGGAAGAAGAUCCUGAGUAUAUGGCACGACCGGAACCCGAGUAUAUGCCACGACCGGAACCCGACUAUAUGGCACGACCGGAACCCGACUAUAUGGCACGACCGGAACCCGACUAUAUGGCACGACCGGAACCCGACUAUAUGGCACGACCGGAACCCGACUAUAUGGCACGACCGGAACCCGACUAUAUGGCCGGCCGGAACCCGACUAUAUGCCAGGGCCGGACCCCGACUAUAUGCCAGGGCCGGACCCCGACUAUAUGCCAGGGCCGGACCCCGACUAUAUGCCAGGGCCGGACCCCGACUAUAUGCCAGGGCCGGACCCCGACUAAUGCCAGGGCCGGACCCCGACUAUAUGCCACGACCGGAAGACCCCGACUAUAUGCCACGACCGGAAGACCCCGACUAUAUGCCACGACCGGAAGACCCCGACUAUAUGCCACGACCGGAAGACCCCGACUAUAUGCCACGACCGGAAGACCCGACUAUAUGCCACGACCGGACCCUGACUAUAUGCCCCGACCGGACCCUGACUAUAUGCCCCGACGGACCCUGA